AGCAAGACUUUGUGCAUGUUUCUCAGUAGAAGAUUCCGCGCAGUGUUUCUUCCACUGUCCACACCGGUCUUUACACUACAUUUUCCGGGAAAUCAUACGCCAGCCAUGAAGCUGUGGAUGUUACUGGGAUUACUAAUUGGCGGCGCUGCUGCUCUGGACGUCAACAUCACAAUUCCAGCCGUUGCAAUACCAGCCAAAGAUCUCGCCAAGACAAUUCUCGAAGCCGGAAAGAAUUUAGCGGCCGAUCCCGUCGCAUACUUAUCCGCUCUCGGUGUUAAAUGGCUGGAUACGAAACAUGCCGGCAUGUUGCCGCAACAAUUCAUACCACCCAAGCUGCAGGAUGCCGAUAUUCCCGAUGAAUUUGACGCCAGAAAAGCAUGGCCGAAAUGCCAGAGCCUUGCACAGAUUCGUAUGCAAGGAGGGUGCGGAGCAUGUUGGGCGCACACGGUAGUAGAAGCGCUAACUGACCGGCUGUGCAUCUUCUCCCAAAAUAAAGACCUCUUUGUGCAUUUGUCCGCGCAAGAUAUGCUGACAUGCUGUCCAACGUGUGCCGUUUGUGGAUCUGGAUGCAGAGGUGGACUUGUGGAGAUGGCGUACGAUUCCUUUGUAACCGACGGUGUGGUAACCGGUGGUAAUUAUGGGGAACUCAACGGCUGUAUGCCAUAUCUGAUUAAACCGGCGCAUGAGGAUGAUGGCGCACCGACGCCGACUUGCUUGAAAGGAUGCCUGCCUACCCACAGCCGCAACUAUGCCGAUGACCGAUAUUACGGUGAAUCGUGGUAUAUGAUCACCAAGUUCGAUAAACGAAUGGAAUUGGUCGAUGUACAGCAGACGGAACGCGAUAUGCAGCUGGAAAUUAUGACCAACGGAUCGGUCAGCGUGGUUGUGGAGAUGUUUCCGGAUUUCAAGCUUUACAAAACUGGGGUUUACGAGCACGAUCCCGCAUCAGGCGAGCGAACCGGCUUUCAUGCUAUGAAAGUCCUUGGCUGGGGCGUUGAAUCCAACAAGCCGUACUGGUUGGUAGCUAAUUCUUGGGGCACUGACUGGGGUGACAAGGGAUUCGUCAAGAUUCGCCGCGGGCGAAAUGAAAUGAGCAUUGAAUCCCGGGUGAGCGCUGGGAUACCCAAGGUCUACAACCAUACCGGACCGGUACGCACGUACAAAAACGUUAUCGAGGCUCUGUACGCUGCUGGACAGAACAUCGUCGGUGCCGUUAGUGCCACCGGCCGGGCGUACAUUAAUAUGAUGUAUGGGUGCGGUUUGCGAAGUGUCGUGGCGGGUCUACAAGCGGGAACAUCGGGAACGUCAGGGACCUCCGGGACAUCCGGCACAUCUGGAACCUCAGGGACUUCGGGAACAUCAGGCACAUCCGGAACAUCUGGUUCAGCACCACCUAGCAGCAAACCGUCCAACGCCAGCCCGACCAGUGGCCUGGCAAAUGCACUCAACAACGUCGGUGUAUUUGUACCGGAUUUGACCGGUUUCAUGUCGGUGGAAAACCUCAAGAGCUUAAUGGAACAGAAUGCAGCUGGCCUGGGCCUGGUUCUUCCCAACGGCAAACAGCUGCAGCUGAACAUGACAGAGCUCACCCUGUGGUUCCGAUCCACCGCUAAGAAAGCGGUCACCGAUGCCUACAACGCGGCCAAAGACGAAGUGAUUUCGGCAGUGUCUGGUGUGGCAUCCAAGCCAGUGAGCGGUCUCAUUGAUGCCGGUGCAAGCUGGCUAUUUGGCAACGAUAAACCAAAAGGUCCCGGCAAACCCGACGACAAACCUGGCAAACCGGACGAUAAGCCUAAUAAGCCCGCUGGGAAACCAAGCCUUUUUGGAGGAUUUUUCUAGCCAAAAGCUUGUUUCAGAUCAAAACACUGAAAAGCCGAUCUUCCAAACAUGCAGAUUUUACGCUUUAUUUUCUCAGUUUAUUGCUAUAUGCAGCACUUCUAUGGUUGCGGUUCCAUAUCUAGUUAACUUGAUUAAUUAAAGUGUUCACCCACAAGAAGAAAUGUUAGCGAACAUCAGAAUUUCGGUAACUGAACGGCAAUCACUUCGCCUCUGUGAAUUCUUGGAGGCAUCCAACCAGAACGUAUAAAUGUCACCUUUUCCUUUUA